AUGGAUCCCAUUAGUAUAUUAGCCGUGGUCUCUGCAGCGGUCGAAUUCAUCGACUUCGGAUACAAGGUUACAUCGACUGCCCUGGAAAUUUACAAAUCGGCAAAUGGAGCCACGAGCCAAAAUUUCGAUUUAGAAGUAGUCACGUCUAGCCUAGACAUGAUUCUGAAGAAGCUUCGCCAGCCGGAGCUUGGGACAUCCAUAACGAUCGAGGAAGAGAAUAUCAUAGAACUCAGCAAAAGUUGCCAAGAGGUAGCGGGUCAAAUGCUUCAAGUGUUGAACGAUGUCAAAGCCAGCCAGGCAGACGGAGGGAUCAAGGCCUUUAGAAAAGCGAUAAAGGCCGUGUGGAAAAGAGAAGAAAUUGAGAGGCUGGCGCUCAGGCUGCAUACAUUUCGAAGCCAAAUCAACUUUUCCCUCACAGUGAGCUUAAGGGAGAAAGUCGUGCUCAUGGACCGUGAUCAGACAAAUAGACUGGAUGAUUUAUCCCAAGGAAUUAUGAAGUCUUUGUCCAAGAGCCAGGAUUUAUUCAGCAACAAGCUUAAUGAGCACACCAAUACGUUACUCUCAGGAAUUCGUGCAAUUCUUAGAGAAGUUCACCAAGGCAAUGAUGCGGGUCCCUCUGUUGCGGCAAGAACAACGCUAUUGAAACUUCGCUGCUUGGACGACGAGAGGCCAGAGGAUGUUCUGACGGCACUUCAACGAAUGUCUGAGCUACUAAAUAGGCGGUUUGGCCAGGCACAAAUAUCCACUAGAGACUUACUCAAGCCAAAGCGGAGUUUAUCGUGCCACACUGAAAGGACCUGGCCAAGUAACCGAAGCACGGCAUUGUUGCAGCAGGGACAGAUGAAACAACGAGUAAUUGUCGAAUGGAAGUCAGUGGAUCCAAAACACACCAUCGCAGAGGCAGCAGAGAUUAUGUGCCGUGUUGAGGACAUUGCGAGGCUGUUGCACAUAGACGGCAAGCCCGUGGAAAUGAGAACACUUGAUUGUCUCGGUUACGUCAGACAUUUUGGCCAACAGUCAAGUGAGUAUGGAAUCCUAUACAAGCUCCCAACAGAGGAUUCUAUCUGGCCAUUGGACAGACUGCUCGUUGAGUGGGAGCGUGCGCCAGGCACCUUUAAGCGCGCAAACCUCUCAUUGAUAGUUGCAAAGGCGGUGUUAAUGGUUCAUCUUUGCUCCUGGUAUCAUAAGAGCAUCCGAAGCCAUAAUAUUGUAUUCUUCGCCAGCGAUAUAAUGCGUGUCCAGUUGGACAACCCCUUCCUGAUUGGGUUUGAGUUUAGUAGAGCGAAUGUUGGCGAUAGUAAGACUGAAAUCCCUGGGUUCUCAAGAGUGUUCAAUCUCUAUCGACACCCUCAGUGCCAGGGUCUUCCAAUCGAGCAGAGCGAGAAUGAUGUGGUAGACAGACCACCUUUUUGCAGAAAGUUUGACGUAUACAGCCUUGGGACAGUUUUGCUUGAAAUUGGCCUCUGGAAGAAUCUGGUACAACUUAAAGAAGAUUACUUAAAGAGCGCUCCCUACGUCAGCGACACCCCUGCCCAAUUCCAGCAGUGGCUUAUCAACAAUAUGCUACCUGAAUUAGAGGUGUCUAUGGGGCUCACAUAUACGGAGGCGGUCCGUCAAUGCCUGCUCGGAGCUCUUUUCGAGGAUGAUGACCAAGCAGUGGAAGCGCUAUAUAUGAACGUUCUUGUGGAGAUUGGGUCUAUUAUCAGGAAUGGAAUUGUGGAAGCGGAAGCGGGAGAAAAGGAACAUUAG